AUGGCAGCCCGCCGAUCGGAUGAGCCGUCGUCGUUCACAUUAAUUGAUUCAACUGUGUAUCCAGAUACAAAGUACAAGGAAGAAGUGCUUUGGAGCCCGAAAAAAGGCUUCGAUGAUGCCACCGAAUAUCAGCUUCUUGCUAAACUGGACGAAGAACGCAGAAGGCAAGCAAUCUUCAGCAAAGUGGAUGAUUACCGAAUACAGCUUGAACAGGAGCGUAUCCAAAAUGAUCAACUAAUGCACGAGAACGAACGCCUCCGUCAGCAAUUCGACGCAAACAUUCGAGAAAAAGAGCGAGUCUAUCGAACUCGCGAACGGAACUUGGCACAGUACUUGAGUGAUGAGCAGAAGAAAAUGAUGGACCUAUGGACCGAAUUACAACGCGUUCGUAAGCAGCUGAUGGAGCACAAAGAGCAAACGCAACACGAUCUAGAAAACCAGCGAAAUGAAUUCAUCCGAGUGAUUCGAAAUGUUGGCGGCCUGACCAGACAACUUAAUCUCACUGGCGUUGAGGGAACAUAUGGUGGCGUAACGGAACCGCUGCUUAUUGAAAGUGGCCGCGCAGGUGUUGGAAGUGGAACGAUUAGUCAAGAUAAAGUACUCAUUGAAGCAAUCAGGAGAAUCCGUGAAAGUCAGCAAACUGCUGGUCAACCAGAACUUCAGCUUCUUAGCGACCUCAGGCUGGCCAGCGCAGCUGCUGGUGAUGGCGACUUGUACAAUGAACUCAUGAAAAAAAACAUUGAGCUUGAGUCGAAAGGCGACGAAGCGCAGCGCAAAACUGCUGCACUGGAAGCAGAGCUCAGAAGAACCAAAGAACGCCUCUCCGACAAUCAGGCGGCACUUCGUAAGCUACAUGAAUUAGCUCAGGAUGCCACACGCGGUCCAGAACGAGAGAAAAGAGCUCGUUCGCUCUCACCAGGAGGCACACCCCUUCCGCCUUCAGAAGCCCUUCGCACUGUCCGCAACAUAAUCCGCAACAAGGACAGCGAAAUUCAGCAACUGGAACGAAAAUUGAAGAUUGUUGAAAACCAAGUCAAAGAGUUUAUGAACAAAUUCGAACAUGCAGAUGAGGCCCGACGAUAUCUGGACAAACAUUUGGCUGAUAGCAAACGCGAUUUAACAGUCCAGCUCAAAAGUCUGGAUGAUGCAGAACGCCAAAUAAGACGUCUUGAAGAACGUUUACGUGCCGCUGAUUCAGAGAAGGCGGCAGCCGAAAAAGCAAGAAAAUAUCUUGAAGAAGAAAUCAACAAACUUCAUCAGCAAUACCAAAAAGCGACAGCGGAAGAAGAAAGAAAAGCUCGUGACAAGGAGCAUGAAAUCAACCUUGGGCUUGAGGAAGAAUAUAAAAACCGGUAG